CCGGAGCAGGAAGGUUUAAUGUUGGGUUAGACUAGGAUUUAAGGGAGGCCGGAGCGGGGAGGUUUAAUGUUGGGUUUGACUAGGGUUUAAGGGAGGCCGGAGCGGGGAGGUUUAAUGACGGUUAUGUAGGGGUUAAGACGGGCUGAAGUGAGGAGCUUAAACGUAGAGUUAUGAUAUGGUUAAUACAUAUCGGACUGCUUCCUGUAAAAUAAGCAAAAUGGCGGAGGCAACUUUCGAGAACCGGAACGUUUUAUAAGGCGUUUGGGUUAUUGCAGUAUUUACGUUGUAUAGAGCCUCAGUGGAAGCACAGUGUCGUUCGCCACGUCGUCUCUACAACGUGAUCUGUCAUCAGAACAAUAACGUUCUGCAUCAAUGCUUUCAUCACACCCAGUGUACUUCAACUCAUCUGGGGCAGCAGGCCGCUACACGGCAUAACAUCGUCAACGGGGUGUGUGAGUGAACUGUCUAUUGGCGUACAUCCUAUGUCUCAGGUUCCCAACAAGGAGGGAUAAGCUGGACCAAAGGAGUACUGCUAUAUAAACAAACGUCUGUGAUUUACCUCCGCCAGUUCCUGCCUUGUCUGAUCAUCGCCCAGUACCAUGACGGUGUCCUGUGGUCAGAGGUUCAAGGACGAGUUCCAAGUUCGGAACUUUCUACUGGGCUAUGACUACCCGGGAACGUUCGCAAGGUCAGAGUGGAAACGUGGCCCCUCUGUGCUGUACCUGGUCUGGAGGGCUAUAUGGUUCCUCUACCACGUGGCAAUAUUCGGUCUGAGGGCCUACCUGACUCGAUUUCUCGCCAGCAGCGUUCAGAACCAGCCAAAAUUUCUCAUUUUCCUGACCACGUGGGCCUACAUGCUACUUGUGGUGACCAACACCGUCGACUUCAUCAUCAGUUUGUACUACUUCAUCACCAGCAGGAAGGAACUCCGAGGAAUGAAAGGGGUUAAUCCGUGGUACAACAAAGUAUUGUGGGUACUGUCCAACCUGACCAACACCUCGGCGUUUGUGGUCAGCCUGAUGUACUGGGUGCUGAUCUACGACAAUGCCAAGGGUUUCCAAGGUUACGAUUACAUCAGCGUGUUCACCCACGGCGCCAACCUCAUCUACGUCGUGCUCAACCUCCUGGUGACGGCUGUGCCGGUGCGGCUGCUGCAUUUCUACCAGGCAUUUAUUUUAGCCAUUAUUUACGGCAUCUUCAGCGCCACCUACGUAUUGGCAGGUGGCACCAAUGAUGCCGACGAGCCCUACAUCUACAGCGUCCAAAAUUGGAGGAACAGCCCAGGUAUCAGCGCGGGGUUGUCCGUCGGUGCCGCUCUUGCCGCUAUCUUCUUACAUUGGUUUGUGUACUUCAUACACUUGUUCAGGGUAUGUGUUGCGCAGGCAUGUACCCAGAAUGCAUCAGUCGCAGAUCUGAAUGUCUAGAUGGGUUGUGAAGUUCACAUUCUCGGAAAAAAUGUCAAUUCUACUGUGAUAUUAGAGAUGUCUAGUUAACCACCACACAUUCAUGGAAGUUUUAAAUAAGCAAUCUGUAGCAGGGUAAUUUUGUAUAAAAAUAAACUGGUUCAAUGAUGACUGGGGUAAGAAAUGAAUUAAUUUUGCAAUUGCAUGACCCCUACCGUGUUUGAAAUGUCAGUUUGUUGUAUAUAUAAUGCCUUAAAUGCCCAUCAGCAGUUGUGUAUUAUUAUGGCUUCUUUGAGUGGCAUUUAGAAGUUGGAAUGGUAACUAAGACAAAAUUGUUAUGGAUGAGC